AUGAGCCUUUGCAAGGAUUGUAUCAGCGGGGUCCGCUACGAGGGCACGCCAGAAGGCACGAUCGAGGCGAUUGGCGGCAUACAAUGCUAUGUAGCCACGCCUAAGAUCGACUAUACUAAGGACAAGGUCGUCCUGUUCUUUACGGAUGCGUUUGGCAUCCCAUGGAACAACAACAGGCUCCUUGCGGAUGACUUUGCCAGUAACGGCUUCAAAGUCGUCAUGCCCGACAUCUUCAACGGCGAACCUGUACCUGACGAGGAGUUCAACAAAGGCACCUUCGACUUCCCCCCAUGGUUCAAGCGGCACUCGGACGAGUCGUGGCAGCCUGUCGUCGAUUCCGUGGUUGCCGCUCUCAAGACGCAGGGCGUCACACGUUUCGGCACGACGGGCUACUGCUUUGGCGCGCUGCCUGGGUUCUAUCUCGCGCGCAAGAACGAGAGUCAGGUCACCGUAGUCACGCACCCGUCGCUCUUGAAGAUCCCCGAGGACUUGGAGAACUACAAGAAGGAAGCCAAGGCGCCCCUGCUCGUCAACAGCUGCGAAGUGGACGAGCAGUUCCCCAGGGAAUCCCAGGCGAUUGCUGAUGAGGUCUUCGGCAAUGACAAGUUCGCACCUGGCUACGUCCGGACGUACUGGGACGGAUGUACACACGGAUUUGCCGUCCGCGGAGACACAAACAACCCGAAGACCAGGGCAGGGAAGGAGGGCUCGUUCAAGGCGACCGUGGAAUAG